AUGAAGUCAUUAGCAGGGUUUUCAUCAUCAGAAACCAACAAAAACUCUUUGACAUUCACAGAUUCGCGUUUCAUUCAUCAAAAUAAAACAUGGGAAACAACUGUUCAAUGUGUGGGUUCAUUAUAUAAUCAAUCGUGCUUAUAUCAUAAUUUAUAUUAUGUUGAUGGUACAUUUAUGAUUCUCACAGUUGAAGGAAACUAUUUACCACCGUAUUCUGUACGAACCGAUGCUUUCACUCUAUGGCCAACAACACCAAACAAACGUUUUUUUGGUUCAUAUUCUAAUCUUGAAAAGUUCGUUCGUAAUACCAUCGAUCCAAGAAUAAUUCCAUUUGUCACUGUUUAUUUUGGUCAAUAUUGGCAUUAUAAUAUUGGGCAUGCACUUUUUGAUGGGCUUUAUCCAGCAUAUGUUGCAUUGAUUCGUUUUCCCCCAAGGCAUCUUUAUCCUUUUCGUAUUCUUGCACAACUAGAAGACUGCAAAAAUUGUUGGAGCGAAGAUAUCUAUAGUCGUUUUGGUGGCCUUGGACUUCUUAAACAAGAAGCGCUUAAUGCAUUGUCAAUUGGACGUUGGCUUAUGUUCGAAGAACUUGUUAUGGGCAGUGGAACUUUCUGCCAACGCUGCAUGCAACCUCAUUUACAAUUACCUGGAGGUGUUGAAUUAGAUGCUUCAAGACUUUUUCGAGAUAGAAUGUAUCAGCAACAUGGUGUCAUCCAGCCCAUUACUAGACGAAGAUCUUCAUUUGAAAGUAGAACAUCUCAUGAUGUACUUCAGGCAUAUGUUAUCGACAAUAAACGUUUUACAAGUAAAGAUCGAGACGAAAUCCAUGAUGCCGUAAAUGAAAUAAAUAAUUAUACAGAUUCAUUUUUCAAUAAAACCAUAAACAAGGCUGCUGCUGCUGCACAAUGGCCAUUGGUUCGCGUCGCUUACCUGCAUUACAACCAAGUUACAGCUCAGAAUUUUAGUUCCAUUCCAAAAAAUGUAUCAGCGACAAAUCUUCCAUCGCUGGCAUAUGAAUUAAUUGAAAAUAAUUUUAUAGCACAAUUAAAAAUUCUACGUCAAAUGGAUAUUCAUAUUACUGGACCAGGUACAGGACAAAUGUAUCAAACAUUUCUACCAGAUGGUUCAGUAAAUAUUAAUCUUGGAUGUAUAAAACCAUCUAAAUUCGAAAAUACAGAAAAACGAUACAGUUCAUAUCUUGAACAGUAUAUGACAAGUGGUACGCCUUAUAUCAAAGGUCUUUAUUAUCCAAUUAAUGAAAGAACGAAAGGUAUCAGAAAAGAUCAAGUUAUUAAAUUAAUUCGACAAGCAUCACAACUUAUUUUUCAACAGUUUCCCUUGCCCGUCAAUCCUCGCGACAAUCUAGCGCCUGAUGGACGAUUAUUUGUUGAAAUGUGUGAAAAAGACAAAGAUUUCUGUUCUCUAGUUACGACAAGGACACCAGAUAGAGAUUUUUCUUGUUUAGAUUUUUGGAUAGAUGAUUUUGUACAUGAACGUCGUCAGUGGCAAUUGGGAGGUUUCAUUGAUAAUGACCGAAAUGUUAGCUGCCCUUUUAAUCGCUCAUUGUUGCAUCAAUUAAGAGAAAAAUAUGGUAUUGAACACUAA